AUUCAGCUUUACUCGGCUCACGCACUGAGACGAUGGAGUCCGCAAAGCCCUACCCGCGCUCAAACCCUCUGCUCUCGCUCUCCACCUUCAUACACCAGCACUGCCUCCGCCUCGGCGCCGAGCUCUCCACCCGUUUCGAAGACACCAAGCGGCUCGCGGGAAUCCUAGCCGGAAACUUCGCGCCGCUGGCGAGCAGGCGCAUGUGUUCGGCUCCGGUUGCUCCGCCCUUCGCGUGGCUGGCUCAGAGCAAUCACGCCCUGGCCGCUACCCUCAGCUCGGACCACGUGGCAAAAAGCUUGGCCGGCACGGCGGUGUAUACGGUUAGCAAUUCGAACAAUGAGUUCGUGCUCAUCUCUGAUCCCAAUGAGGCCAAGUCCAUUGGAUUGCUUUGCUUUCGGCAGGAAGACGCCGAAGCAUUCCUCGCUCAAGUUCGAUCGAGGAGAGAAUUACGAAGUGCGGCUAAAGUUGUCCCGAUUACUCUUGACCAGGUGACUUGGUAUAAAAUGGAAAGCAAUUAGCACACAGUAACCAGAAUUCCAUAUUAUUACAUUGCCUGUGAACUUGCGAAUUAAUCAUUUGUAGGCUAGAAUUUGGUGUCAAGUAAUUUCAAUAGUUGAACAAGUAAGGAUAAAACAUAUCUGUGAGUGGCGAGAAUUUGAGGAAAGGUUCCAUCUAGUGGGCAGCAUAUGGUCUCAGAUUAUCAAAGUUAUGGGGGUCGUAUGACAUGUCCCCCUUUUAAAGUGUAACGAGAACUAGUGUUAGUGUUAUGCUACUUAAUUUCCAAAUUACUUGUUGCCUUUAAACUUAGAUAUUAUGUCCAGUGGUAGAUCCAUACGAUUUAGCAUUACUCUGUAUC